AUGCAGGCCCCACCACCCUUCCUAUUAACUCAGAAGCGCCAGCCCCCUUGGAUCCCUUGUGUUGUCCAGUCAACCUCCAUUCAAGAUCACAACAAGCCCUGUUUCUCCAUGGCCGCUCAAACCCUUUCAUCACCUUCCAAAUCUCGUUGGAAUCACGACGUUUUCUUGAGUUUUAGAGGUGAAGACACUCGUAAAAACUUCACCGAUCAUCUCUACACAGCCUUGGUGCGUGCCGGAAUUCACACUUUCCGAGACGACGAAGAGCUUCCUAGAGGAGAGCACAUUUCUACAGAAUUGCUCAAAGCUAUUAACGGAUCAAGGAUUUCUAUUGUCGUUUUCUCCAAAGACUAUGCUUCUUCUCGUUGGUGUCUUGAUGAGCUUGUGGAGAUCAUGCAUUGUAAGAAUACCAUAGGCCAAACUCUUCUCCCAAUAUUUUAUGACGUGAAUCCCUCCGAUGUGCGAAAACAAACCGGAACUUUUGCAAAAGCAUUUUCAAGUCAUGAAGAGCGAUUUCAGGCGGAGAUGGAAAGAGUGCAGAAGUGGAGAGUAGCACUUACUGAAGCUGCAAACUAUUCUGGCUGGGAUCUUCAAAAUAUUGCAAAUGGAUAG